AUCUAAAGGUGAGACACCAUUGAUGGAAGGCAGCGUCAGUGAGAGUGGUAAUUCUUCUAGAGUAAGGGGUUCUGGUUGAUGAGAUUGAUAAGGGGGAAUUAUGGUUGGUUUUGAAUCCAGCAAUUACUUUGCAGCGAAUAUGCUAACAUUUCUAUUUUUGUAAAAAGUUUCAGUUUGACAUGGAAUUCUUCUUCACAGGAGUUAAGGCUGGAAUGUUUGUAAGAGAUGCUAAGGUUCUUUGUCCUAAACUUGUCAUUCUUUCUUAUGACUUUGAAGCUUAUGAGGAGGUGGCUGACAAGUUUUAUGACAUUUUGCAUAAGCACUGCAAGAAAGUGCAGGCCGUCAGUUGUGAUGAAGCAUUUUUAGAUGCCACUGACUCAGGGGUGGAUGACAUUCAAGCAUUUGUCAGACUGAUCAGGAAGGAAAUUGUUGAGAUAACAGGAUGCACUGCAAGUGCCGGUAUUGCUGGAAAUAUGCUUAUGGCCCGUCUUGCUACCCAAACUGCAAAACCUGAUGGACAAUGUUGUAUCCCUCCUGAGUAG